AUGCUAUCUAACAAGCGUCAAUCAUGGGUACUUGAUAAACCACCACUUCUGGAGGCAGAAAGCGUGUAUUUCCAACCUACUGGUAUAUUAGAAAGGAGUAUGCCCACCGCUAAAUCGAGAUUAUCUAUUCUGAUUCAAAAAGACGGAUCGCAUGGAAGAGUGAGCAACAAUAACUCUAAUGCGCGUUUUCAUAUGCUGUUAAAUUCUUCUAUUUUAAACGAUUAUGAUAAAAACAAUACGUCGGAUAAUGCCUCUGUAUUUAGUGUAUCAUCAGUUCAAAGCGAAUUUUCAAACAAAUCUCCUCCAUCAAGUAACUCUUCGCGUCAACGAUACUCGACAAGCGCAAUAUCUAAUGGUCCUCGACAAACCAUUGUGUCACCACGACGUACUUCUUUGCCUGCACCACCUACCAAGUUACCAGAAAAAGUUAAUAAUAUUUCAGAAACCAAAUCAUCAUUUUUAUCACCUCCUACAACAAGAAAUCAAUUUAACGAUAGAGCAUCUCGUGCAUCUAUGAAAAUGAGCAUGAAUACUCUCAUGCAUAGACGAUUGAUGAUCGCUUUAGAAAUUGUAACAACAGAACGUCAUUAUGUUGACUCUUUACUACUUGUUCAAAGGUUGUUCCUUAACCCUCUUCUCGAUUCAUUGUCGACAACAAGUCCGAUACUGACUAAAAAACUCAUAAAAGACAUUUUUGCAAAUAUUUUGGAUUUGCUGAAUGUUAAUACAGAGUUACUGAAAAGAUUAGAAGAGAGGCUUUCUGGACCUACAGAUAUUCCCGCUGAUGAAAACGGUGACUCUAAAUUUUGGAAUCCAGAAACUGAUUGUCUGGGUGACAUAUUUUUAAAUAUGGCACCAUUCCUUAAAAUGUACUCUCUUUAUGUUAAAAAUUUCAAUUCUGCACUUUCUGUUAUCGAUAUUCAACUUAAAGACAAUCCGGUUUUUUCCGCAUUUCUUAGAGAUGUAAUAAAGACAGGGAAAUGCAAAGGUCUUACUUUGCAGGCUUAUUUGAUCAUGCCUGUACAGCGAAUUCCUAAAUAUAAAUUAUUACUAGAAGGGCUUUUAAAGAAAACCACUGAAAACCAUCCUGAUUAUCUAAAUUUAAAGAAAGCAUAUCAAAUAAUUGAAAAUGUUGCCACGUUUGUCAACGAAACUAUUCGUCAUCAUGAAAUGAUUAUUUCUAUGCUAGAGAUUCAAAAAUCUUUGGUUGGAUUUGACGAAACUUUAUUGAUUCCUGGAAGAACAUUAGUUAAGAGAGGUACAUUAAUGAAGAUUUGCAGAAAGAAUAAUCAACCUCGCGAAUUCUUUUUGUUUUCGGAUAUUUUGAUAUAUGCCAGCCCACCGAGUUUAAUGGAUAACAUGUAUAUUUUUCAUCGCAAACUUGAUCUUGAAGAUGUAACAGUUCUGGCUGUUGAAGGCGGUUCUGCUAUGAAAAACGCGUUUCAAAUACUUAGCCCCCAAAAAAGCUUUAUUCUUUAUACAGAUAAUCAAAAUGAAAAAGAAUCAUGGAUCAACAGUAUUCGUAAUACUAAAGAUAGAUAUCUUAGUGCGAAAGGAAGUCUUAACAUUGAUAGUCCCACAUUUAUGGAAAGGAAGGAUUCGUAUAAUAAUCGCAUCGUUGAUAACUAUCACGCUCCUGUAUGGAUUCCUGAUUCAAAAGCUGACAGAUGCAUGAAUUGUUCUGAAGAAUUUACUUUAUUUUUACGAAAGCACCAUUGUCGUGCAUGUGGAAAAGUCAAUUUUGUGAUACCUGGUUCAAGUGAACGUGAAGAUAAAGUAGCACGUGCAUGCGAUCCAUGUUUUUUCACUAUGUUUCCCGAUGCUAUUCGUGACGAAGAUUUGGCACCAGGAAUUCAUAUUUGGAAUUCUUCUGAUAGUAACGUGAGCUUAGCUCCAAUUCCAGAAUCUUCUCAAGAAAUAAUCGGCGGCAAGACUAAUGGAAAGGAUUAUGAAAGAAGACCAAGCAUUGUCUUAUUAUCUCUGAAGCCUGUACACGAUGCAAUUAAAGCGAAACAAUGUGAACUUUGUCUAGUUGAUUUUACAGUGUUCAGAUGGAGGGUGUUAAUUUUAUCAGAUUCCAUAGAUUGUAGAUAUCAGUCUAAACUCGUAUAUUAUAAAACUUUUAUAGUAUGUAGAGAUUGUCUCACUAAAAAAUCAAUCGAUUUAUCACUGCUUCCGAACGAAUUUGUUUCUGCGAUAUUAUCAAACGUUCCAAAGCAUCAGGGUAAUAAUAACAAGUGGUUCAAUAAUAAUAAGCGUAUUAGACUGUGCGAUUUUUGUUGCUUGGGUAUUAAUCCAAGUCUAAUAACGGUUAAGGAAGAGGAUGGUGGUUAUACUGCUGAGUUUCAAAUUGUACCGAUGACACCAAAAGGAUCCCUUAAAACAUAG